GUCAAUGUCAACAUAUCAGCUGUUCAUUAAAUAUUUACAAUUUUUUCUUAAUAAUAAAUAAUAACUCAGACACAUAUAAAUAAUAAUAUUACGGAUGUAAUAUUUUUUCAUAAUGGUAGAGCAAGACACUGUUUUUACGUCUUUAGACAGUCUAUGUCGAACAUGUUUAAAUGAAAAAACUGCAGAUGAAUUAAGAUCCUUGUCUGAGGGUUCCCUGAGGCAAGAAUUGAAAGAAAUCACUUCAAUUGAGGUCCAGGAAAAUGAUGGUUUACCAUAUGGAAUCUGCAGCAAUUGCUGUUACACUUUAAAUGUAGCAGUUAAUUUUAAAACUCAGUGUUUGAAGUCUGAUAGUCAUUUAAAAGCAGUAUUAUUUCCUGUAGAAUCGACAAUUAUAUACAAAUCUAUUACCAUAUUGGACAAUAACAACUCCAAUGAUCUUUGCUUGGAGAUUUAUGAUGAACAAGAUGUCUCUAAGGCAAAUAAUAUUGAAUUUGAGGCAGAUAAUAGAAUACAAAUAAUAAAUAACUUUGAUAAUAGUAAUAAUAUAAGAAAAGUAUCACAAAAUAUUGAAACGGAUGUGACCAAUCCUGCAGUAUUGGAAAAUGUAUCAAACACUAACAAUCAAUCAGUUAUAAAAUUUUAUCCAAAAGUAAAAACAAAAGAAGCUAGUCAAAGGAAUAAGUCGAAAUUGUUUCGCUGUGAAAUUUGUAAUAAAGAAUUUAUAUUUGAAACCACUUUAAGAUCACAUUUGGUGACUCAUGGUAAAAAAAUAGCUUGUGAAGUUUGCCAUCAACAGUUUAGCGUAAUGAAAAUCUACAAGUCUCAUAUGAUAUCCAAACAUCCAGAUUAUCGUCCAUACAAGUGUGCCCACUGUAACAAAGAUUUUGCUGCCUCUUAUACUUUAAUUAAACAUAUGAGAAUACAUGGAGGCGAACGUAAACACCUUUGUACAGUGUGUGGCAAAAGAUUUUAUGAGCAAAGUCAUUUACUGAUACAUUCAAGAGUCCAUACUGGUGAGAAACCAUUGAGCUGUAUGACUUGUGGAAAAAGAUUUACAAAUCGGCCCGGAUUGGUAGCUCACAAUAAAGUACAUACAGGAGAGAAGAAGUAUCAAUGCAAUACAUGCGGUAAAAGAUUUGCCCACUCAUUUGUUCUGACAGCUCAUAAGAGAGUGCACACUGGAGAAAAACCAUAUAAAUGCAGUACGUGCAAAGCUUCAUUCGGUACUUCAUCAUACUUAAAAAUACACGAGAGGAUUCACACGCAGGAAAUGCCGUACAAAUGUGAGACCUGCUCGAAGUCAUUUAUAAGCAAAAGUCGACUAUUUUCUCACCAGGUUGUUCACAGUAAAGAGAAAUCAUAUCAGUGUUCAAUUUGUGGAAAAACCUUCAGUCGAUCUAGAGAUCUACAAGUUCACAUACGAUCCCACACAGGUGAAAAGCCCUACGCUUGCGACCAAUGCGACAAACGUUACGUAACUUCCAGUAACUUAGCCGCCCAUAAAAGAACGCAUCUGGGCAUCAAAAACUACAUUUGUUCUACGUGCGGUAAAGCGUUCGGGGAUCCCAGAACGUUGAAGGGACACUAUAGAAUACACACCGGAGAAAAACCGUAUCUGUGUAAUAUUUGCGGAAAUAGCUAUUCGCAGUCGGGGCAAUUAUCCGUCCAUAAAAGAGUUCAUGAAAACAAGAAUAAGGAGGCCGUUAUUAAUUUGGAAAAGGAUGUGGUUUGGUGCAAUGUAUCGGAGUCCGCUAGAAGCUAGGUUUAUUAUGUAUUGUAUGUAUUUAAUAAAUAAAAAAUAUAUUUUUAAUUUUCACAUUUUUGCAGUUAAAGGUAUAUUUAUUUUUCUCAUGCACAUCGUAAUGUAGAAUAUUUGAGCUCCAACGAGAUUUGAUUAUCCUUAAAACCAAUUCCGAGUCCUUAGAUGUAAAGAAAAAUUGUUUUUGGUGCCUCUAAAACUAUUAAAUUGGUGAGUCAUUACAAAUAUGUAUGGACUCCCUAGAUGGUUAAAAAAGCGUUUCAUUGGAAUGACUUCGUUCGUAUUCGAAAAAGUCCUUCGAAAACUUUUUGAGAGAAUAUUUUUAGACUGAAUUUUCUAUGCUUACCAGCACCAAAUUCAGUUGUAAAGUUGUGUUAGACACUAGGUUAGGUUAUUUUCGUCUUAAUUAUUAUUUUCAAAGCUGGAUACAAAUCAAUCUUGGCUAUUUUGAAUAUAUGUACUUGAAUAAUGAAUAAAACACUUUCAAAGACAAAUUUAUAUAAUUUUGAACAUUAAUAUUUGGUGUAAUAUAUAAAUUAAAGAAAGAUCUUGUUCAACGGGUAAAAUAGGGAGCGAAUUUUUUUUAAGAUUGUUUAGAUAAUCCAUUUUAAAAAAUAUAAACAAAAUAUAAGAGUUAUAUCAACUGAAUGUGAAGUAUCUAACUUAAAAAUAUUAAAAAUCAUAGUUUUACGAACGUGCAUUUAACGAGGCACGUAUAAUGGUUGCAUCUCGAAACAGCACCUCAUGCUUCCAUGCGACGGCGUCUCGAAAGCGACUCGAUAUUUCGAGAAAGAUCAGUCGCGUACGCCUACAGGUGGGAACUUUCUAGAAAAUAGUAACUUUGGUAUAUAUAUGUAACGAUCUUAGCAAUAAGUUUAGUUGAUAAGAUAGUAUCGAACUGUAAAGUUAUAAAUAAAUAUAUUUAUAUAAAUUCGA